UAAAAUGGUGUGAACUAUUUGCACACUGGGGAAGAUUAUUGGAGGCUGGGAGAGAAGUAGUCCCGCUGGUAAUAGGUACAUAGCCUGCAGACAUCACAAUCAAGACUCCUGUAUUCAUCUCUAAGGGGACUUCGAUCAUGUCCCUGUGGCAAAUCAGGAACCCCCUCCUCCCCCCUGCUUUGAUACCCACUAUGGGUACGCAGUCUCAGAUAUAGAGCUAAAGGAUAUGAUACAGACAGCUGCGACAUGCCCCAGUGCAGAGAAGACAGGAAGUCCUGUAAGUUGUAUCCUAAGGAAGAUGGUCUUUCAAAAGCUUCUGCCCAUACUAUCCUCAGGUUUUAACCAAAUAAGGAAUCCCUGAGCAAUCCUCACCACAAAGAUAGAGUGUCAUUUGUUAUUCACAAUGCUACCACCAGCAGUAAGACCCUCUUGUUUGGAUUUUAUAAUGAGAGCACAGUUGUUCCCAAGGAGAUUGAUAAAUUGCAAAUGUAAGAAUUCUCUUUCCCUUUUUCAUUCCAAAGCGAGACCAAUGUUCUGCACUUCCAUGUUGCUUUAUCAGUUGAGAAAUAACCAUUUUACACAUUACUCUUCUUGUACCACAGGUUGAUGCCAAUAGUGAAAUGACGAUCUUGAUGGUGACAUUAGAAACACAGACAUUCCGCAUAUAUGGUCACAGUUAUUUCUGACGCAGAGAGACACGCAUGCAGAGAGUUUGGUCUAUAUAGUGCCUAACAAAGAAUUUUUAUCCAGCCACGGUAAGGAUGGCAAUGAAAGGAUGUCUUUCAGCUUUAGUGUUGUGGCUCCUUCUCCUCACCAUUCAGGUUUCCCUAGGAGAUGAUGAAUUGAAGCUGAUAAAUGGAACUAGCCCCUGCUCUGGGAGAGUGGAAGUAAAACAUGAGGAUCGGUGGGGAACUGUAUGUGAUGGUGACUGGAAUACAGAAGAUGCCGAGGUUGUUUGCCAGCAAGUAGGAUGUGGGUCUGCUGUUCAGGCCCUUAACCGAGCUCCUUUUGGAGAAGGAUCUGGACCUAUAUGGUUGUAUCGAGUAGAGUGCCGUGGUAAUGAAUCUGCCCUCUGGAACUGCCCUCAUGCAGGCUGGGGUGGCUUUACCUGCCCUCAUUAUUUUGAUGUUGGAGUGAUCUGCUCAGGUUUCUCAGGGCUGCAUCUGUCUGGUGGGGACACUGCCUGCUCAGGACACCUGAAAAUAAAGCAAGAAGAAACUUGGACUACAGUCUGUUACUCAUACAUUGAUUUCAAUGCUGCCUCUGUUAUAUGCAGUGAGCUAAGUUGUGGCCAGGCUGUGGAUGUCUUGAGAGGAGCUCACUUUAGAGGCAGACAUGAAUUGAUCUGGCAAGAAAAGUUCCACUGUGUGGGGAAUGAGACUCACCUUGCACACUGUCCCAGGACGUUGCAGCAUAGUAAGGCAUGCUCUCAUGAUGCUUAUGUUCUAUGUUCAGGCUAUGGCGGAUACAGGUUGUCAAAUGGCAGUACCACAUGUACAGGGAGAGUUGAGCUUCUUCAUGGAGGCUCAUGGGGAACGCUCUGUGACUACUCGUGGAGUUUUCCAGCUGCCAAUGACCUCUGCCAGCAUCUGGACUGUGGAGUUGCACUGUCAAUACCAGAUGGACAGUCCUUUGGAAGAGGAAAUUGGUCUUUCUGGAACGGUACAUUCAGCUGUAAGAAGAAUGGCUCAUACUCGAGAGACUGUUCUGUGAGUGUUCUAGAUCAGAACGAAUGCCCUGCUGGAAAUGUUGCUCGUGUGAUGUGCUCAGGGUGCCCAGGGGGCAGACUAGCGAAUGGCAGCACAUGCUCAGGCAGAGUGGAAAUCCGCCACGGAGAUACAUGGGGAAGACUCUGCCGCUCCCACUGGAAUUUGCAGGCUGCUAACGUCCUCUGCUAUCAACUGAACUGUGGCUAUGCAAAGUCAAUCCAGACAGGAGACAGUUUUGUGGAUGGGAAUGGACCUGUAUGGAGAGAUGCUUUUCACUGUGAAGGGACAGAGUCCUGCCUGUGGGAUUGUGCUCAAGUGACUUUGGGCAAUCCAACUUGUUCAGCCAAAGAAGUAGCCACUGUUGUUUGCUCAGGUCUUGCUGAAUCACUCAGACUCUCAGAUGGUCAGAGCCGCUGUGAUGGGCGUGUUGAAAUCUCCCUUGAUGGCAUAUGGGGCAGAGUCCUAGAUGACGACUGGAACAUCAAAGAUGCUCAUGUGGUAUGCAGACAGCUCCAAUGUGGAAUAGCAAAGAGAGCCUAUUACCUUCCAAGGUCUGAACGAGGCAUCGGUCCUGUGGGCUUAAGAAGUGUCCAGUGUGAUGGAAAUGAGACUCGGCUAGUGCUCUGUAAGACCUCCCAUUCUCAGGCGCUGUCAGCAGGAGUUGCUGAAGAUGUUGGUGUGAUCUGCUCUGAGAGCCGGCAGAUGAGGCUGGUGAAUGGAACAAAACGCUGUGCUGGGAGAGUGGAGCUUUAUCAUGAUGGCAUCUGGGGCACUAUCUGUGAUGAUAACUGGGAUCUAUCAGAUGCAAAUGUUGUUUGCAGACAGCUGGGAUGUGGAUAUGCCAUCAAGGCAUUAGACUCUGCUUACUAUGGAGAAGGCUCAGGGCAAAUCUGGCUGGAUGAUGUGAACUGCACUGGGUCUGAAUCCAAUAUCUGGGCAUGCCCCUCUAGGGUAUGGGGUCAUCACAACUGCCAACACAAAGAGGACGCUGGAGUCCUAUGCUCAGAGUUCCUGGCUCUGAGGCUGGUGAAUGGCAGUGGCUGUGCUGGACGGCUAGAAGUUUUCUACAAUGGGACAUGGGGGAGCAUUUGCUCCAAUCGUAUGUCUCAACUCACUGCAGUAACUGUAUGCAAACACUUGAACUGUGGAGAUGGUGGGGAAAUUGAAAGAGAUUUCAAAUAUGGCAGAGGUUCUGGGCCCACAUGGCUGGAUCACAUUGAGUGCACUGAGCAACACAGCUCCCUGUGGCAAUGUCAGUCAGACCCCUGGGAUCCUCAAUCAUGUGAUAACCGAGCAGAAGAGACCCAUAUUUCUUGCACUGGAAGAAAAGGAACAAUGACUCCUGCCUCAUUUACUGAGUGUCCAAACUCUACAAGUUGCUCAGACAAGGACAAGUUACGUGUUGUAGGAGGAGAGGAUGAGUGCUCAGGAAGAGUGGAGAUUUGGAAUCAGGGUUCCUGGGGAACAAUCUGUGAUGAUUCCUGGGAUGUGGCAGAUGCUAAUGUUGUAUGCAGGCAACUGGGCUGUGGUUCUGCUGUGUCUGCUCUGAGUGAAGCUGCCUUUGGGGAGGGGACAGGUCCCAUCUGGCUGGAGAAGGUCCACUGUAAAGGAACAGAACUGUCACUUUGGGACUGUCCUUCCAAGCCUUUGCUCGGCAAAAACUGUGAUCACAAGGAGGAUGCUGCAGUGGAUUGCUCAGGUGUGACAGAAACAACAGCACCUUCCACUAGAGCAGCUUCACCCCACCGCUCAGCGACAAACAACAUGAGAGCUUCAGCACCUGUCAUCCUCUGCAUCAUCCUGGGGGCCCUUCUCUGCCUGGUUCUUGCCAUUCUUGCUGGACAGAUCCAAAGAGCCAGGGCACAGCAGAGAGGCUCCAGGCUACCCUAUGACUCCUUCAAUGAGGUUGUCUAUGAGGAGAUUGACUACAAACUGAUGAAAGAACAGCAAGGGAUGUCUGGCCUCUCAGGUAUGUCUAGUGCUCUCUCUAGUGGAAAACCUAUCCCUAUUACUAUUAAUACCUAUCCUGUUUCAGAAAUCCCACCAUUGCCUGGAAAUAACCUGGAAGGUGGUUAUGAUGAUGUAACAGAUGCUCCUGGACCUGAAGAUGCUUCUCUUUCUGAGCAGAAUAAGCAAGAAAUCACUGGGGUCUCAGAAGAAUAUGACAGAAACAAGGAUUCAUGGAAAGGUGAGGUCAGAAGAGCACUGCUGCUAAUUUUCAUAUCCUAUAGUUAUUGUACCAAACGCGGGGAAAAUCAUUGUGGAGCACACCUCAAAAGAUCACCUAGACUUUAUCUAAUCACUGUAAGGAAGAAAUGCUAUCCCAUAAAAUCACAGAGUCAUAGAAUGACCUGGGUUGAAAAGGACCAUAGUGAUCAUCUAGUUUCAACCCCCCUGCUAUGUGCAGGGUCACCAACCACCAGACCAGGCUGCCCAGAGCCACAUCCAGCCUGGCCUUGAAUGCCUCCAGGGAUGGGGCAUCCACAACCUCCCUGGGCAGCCUGUUCCAGUGUGUCACCACCCUCUGUGUGAAAAACUUUCUCCUAAUAUCUAACCUAAACCUCCCGUGCCUCAGUUUAAAACCAUUCCCCCUUGUCCUAUCACUAUCCAUCCUUGUAAACAGUCGUUCCCCCUCCUGUUUAUACUCUCCUUUCAAAUAUUGGAAAGCUACAGUGAGGUCUCUCCGGAGCCUUCUCUUCUCCAAGCUAAACAAGCCCAGCUCCCUCAACCUUUCUUCAUAGGAGAGGUGCUCCAGCCCUCUCAUCAUCUCAGUUCCCCUCUGCACUGCUGGCUCAUGUCCAGCCUCUUGUCCACUAGGACCCCCAAGUCCUUCUCUACAGCGUUGAUCUCAAGGAGUUCUUCUCCCAGUCUGUAUAAACACCUGGGAUUGCCUUGGCCCAUGUGCAACACUUUGCACUUAGCCUUGAAGAACGUCAUUAGAUUCACAUCUACCUACACUUCCAGGUAGAUGCUUGUUAGACUGGUCUUUCAACUAAUUCAGUAGGUGUUCUCACAACUUCUGCAGGUAAUCUACACCUAUGUUGUUUUUCUCCUUAUAAACACUGCAAGCGAGAAUAGACUUUAUCUGCAGAGAUCUAGGAAACUCGAUAUCCCAGUGUUAGCAGGGAAGCCUUAGGAGGAAGGAGCUGAGAGCAGGGCUCUAGGACCCAGAGAUCUCCUCAGGAAGAGCUGAGAGGGGGGGCUAGCAGGGUCAUACUUUUCUAUGCAGUAACCACCCUCGGUCUAUAAGAUGAAUUAUAUCCUCUUAGUAGAUUUCAAACACCAACAAUGGGUCGAUCAUUAUCCUGUGGUAGCCUUGGGAGGAUCCAAAUUAGGGCAUACUCUUGGGAAGGACAAGGCUAGAUCUACUACGUUUGUAAUAUGUCAGAUAAAGAGACCAAAAAAUGCUUUUUAAAGUUGAGGUGGUAAAACAUGGAAUUGGGUUCUUUUGGCACAUUGAAUAAUUGCUUUCAUUCAAAAUGAUCAUCGUUAAGUUCAUUAAAAAUGUUUAUUGGGAAAAGUAUGCUUGAUCCUUGGAUAUUUUUAUAUGUGGCAGGAAGUAGAAUAAAAUAAGCUUUUCUCAAGUCUUUCUGGAGGCAGCAACAGACAGCCCGUGCUGUCAGCUGCACAACCAUGUGGAUGUAAUACAUGCAGAGUGGGCACUUAUCUCAGUAUUUUUCCCUUCAUGCUUUCAGACUGGAGUCCUAAUGUGUCAAGAAACAGAACACCUGGAGCUCAGAGAGAUUUAUCCCCUGCUCUUGAAGACAUAGGGUACGAUGACAUCGAAGAGCUGGGACAGUGAUUGAGA